AUGAAAAUGAAUGGUGUUACAGAUGAUGCUAUUAAACUACGCCUUUUCCCUUUCUCAAUAAGGGAUAGGGCAAAGGAGUGGUUGAGAGAUGAAGGCACUGGCUCGUUCGAUACAUGGGACAAGCUAGUGAAAGCCUUCUUAGUAAAGUUUCUAGGACAGGAGAAGACUGCUAGGUUGAGAAACGAAUUAUCCACCUUCAAGCAGUCAGAUGAUGAGUCUUUAUAUGAGGCAUGGAGAAGAUUCAAGCGCUUACAGAGACAAUGCCCUCAUCACGGUAUCCCAGAGUGGCUGUUGAUCCAAACAUUCUACAAUGGUCUGACCCAUGAGUUUCGCAUAUACAUUGAUGCUGCAUCCGGGGGUUCUCUCAUGACUAAGAACCCAAAUGAAGCCAAGGAGCUAAUUGAGAAGAUGGCAGCCAAUGAUAAUUAUCACCCAGGGGGCAGAGAUACUGUGAAGACUAGAGGAAAAUUUGAUGUUGAUGCUUUAACUCUCUUGACAAGCCAUAUUGCUCCACAAUGUCAACCACCCUCUGAUGAAAUGUCAAUCGAGCAAGCAAAUGCCUUCUAUACUACGGCACCUAAAAGGCCGUAUGAUGCUCAUUCAAACACAUACAAUGAAGGGUGGAGAAAUCAUCAGGACUCCUCCUAUACGAACACUCAAGCUCAAUUGUAUUCUCUGCCACCACCACCUAGUUUUCAAGCAAGGGCAUCUUUUAAUCACCAACCCAUGAAUCAACAAUUACCACCGCAAACUUCAAAAUACAAUCUUGAUUCCAUCAUGGAGACUUUCACUACCUCCCUACUUCGACAGCAAGAGCUUAUGACAAAGCAAUUCGAGCUACAAGCAAAGCAAAAUGAACACUUUAAAAGCUCGAUUCAAUUGCUUAUUGGUCAAAACAAGAGGACAGAAACUCACCUUUCUCAACUUUCACAACAAGUGAGUCAUUUAUCAACUCUUCAUGAUCAAGAAAAAGUCCAAAAGGAACAAUGCAAUGCAGUUUUCUUGAGAAGAGAUGAAUCAUUUUCGAGGAAAAUAGAUGAGAAAGUGAGCAGUGUGGAGUCAAGAAAAGAUGAAAAGUGUGAGGAUGUAAAAAGCCCCAAAUAUGUUGCUCCACCAGCCUAUGAGGAACCGAUGCCCUUCCCGCAAAGGUUGUCAAAAGCCGUGCUCGAUAAACAUUUUGGGAAAUACUGCGAGACUCUCAAGAAGGUAUAUGCUUCUAUUCCUUAUUCCGAUCUUUUAAUUCAAAUGCCUCAAUUUGCAAAUUUUGUGAAUAAUAUUAAAGAUCAACAUGAGGAUAAGGAAGUAGUAAAUGAGAAAGGCUCUACUGUUUUAUGUGAUAGCCUACCACCUAAGCUGCAUAAUCCUGGUAGUUUCACUAUUCCCUGUAUGAUAAACGAAAAAUUUUUUGACAAGGUUUUGUGUGAUUUAGGUGCUAGUGUUAAUUUAAUGCCUUAUUCAUUAAAUGAAAAAUUGGGUUUGCAAAAACUUAAACCUUCCCCUACUUCUCUUCAAAUGGCUGAUAGGACUUUUAGACUCCCUAUGGGUGUGGUUGAGGAUGUAUUAGUUAAGGUUGGUGAACUUGUUUUUCUUGUUGAUUUUGUUGUUAUGGACAUGAAAGAAGACCAUAAGAUCCCGAUUAUAUUCCGUCGUCCAUUCGUUGCCACAAGUCAAGCUCUAAUAGAUGUUCCUAGGGGACAAGUGACCAUUAGGGCCCAGAAUAAACAAAAAUUUUUUGAUAAACGAGGACAAAUUCCACCCAAUGAUGUGUUUAGCUACAUGAAGAUAAGUUCGGAUACAAAGCAUGUCAAAUAUAAAGUUAAGGAGUCACUUGGAGGCAGAUAUUUUCAUGGGCAACAUCGCGGAGUUCCUUCUUCGUGUGGUGACCCAGCUGUUGUUGCACAGUUGUCUGCUCUGCCAGCUAAUGCUCUGCUGGUUGCUGGGCAGUUGCUACUGUGUUGUAUGCUGUUUGUUGAUGCUGGUUCUGGUUGUGCUGUUGUUGUCAUGCUGGAUGUGCUGUUGCUAGUUUGCUUGUUGUCCUGGCUUUCAAAGUCUGUUGGCUAUCUGCUACUUGCUGGCUGUUUACUAAUGUUGUUCCCUGCCUCUGCAUGCUGA